AUGCCGCGCCUGAGAGACGGAGGGGCAAUGCAGACGGCUACCAGAAGCCACCAGCUCAUUGCUCGCUCACUUCCAGCUGCGUGUCUGGGUGCCUCGUCUCCCGGAAACCAAGACGAAAUGGAGGCCCAUGCUCAUGUGCAGCAGUUUCAGGCCCCUGGCGAGUGGGCACGGGGGGGGACGGGAUCCGAAUGGUUUUCACGGACAACGGAAGCUGAAGCCGGGGUCACCGCUUUAGGGGAUUCAAAACCGCAGCCUGAAGACGCAACCUGUGAACUCCCACAGACUGGAACAACUCAUGCAGAGCAUGGCCACUACGACGAGAAUUCUAGCAUCUGUUCGUUCGACGCAACAGCCGGUCUGCGUGGUGCAGCGUGCGGGUUGGGGCCAUCGGAAAUGCCGUGUUCAUCGUCGUCAACUCUCACGACCACAUCCACGUUGCCCCCGUCCCCCAUUCGUGCUCCACGAGUGGCGUGUUGGGAAUCAGUAUGCGGCCAAACAUGCUCUUUUGAGCUAUCAUACGGGAGUUCCAGAGAGGCAAUGGCAGCUGAUAUGGUACCUAUACAGCAUUGCGUGCAAGUUGCUCAGGGAGCUUCAUCCGCUGCCGAGUUGCGUCCCAGUCCUUCAUUGUCUUUGACUAGUGGAGCAUUCGCUGCUGCUGGGCAGAGCGUCUCAGGGUCCCGCAUCAUUAGUGAAAACCGACACGUGGAUGCUGAUCAAAAUGAUCCAUCUCAGCUGUGCACUGGGUUACGCGACUACUCCAGCGGAAACGUCUGCAUGGCAGGGCCUGAUACGGCACCUUGCAAUUUCCCUCAUCUGUUCCCUCCCCCUAGUAGCGAGAAUAUCAUCUGCACGCAGGAUGCUGAAACGUCCGUCGCCAUGGGGCAGCCAAUCCAGCCUCCGAUAUCCAGUUGGCCAGGCUAUCGCGGGGAGUCAGCGGUGCCGCAGUUGGUAACAGGGACAUGGGGAGUGGCUGCGUACGGCGAACUGGAUCUCGGUCCAUCUGGCUCCGAUUGGCAGUCGGUGAUGGCAGGAUCACAUUUUCCAGUUUCACCUACUACCUGCCAUCAGCGUGACAAUGUUGCAGACCAUUCGAUGCCAUUAAUGCGCGCCGAGGCGAGUGGUGCGCUUAACAUCAAAGCACCCGCAGGUGCAGGUUCUGGUGACCCCCCUGGAGGCACUGCUCCGCCUUCGUCGCCGUCCACUCGACCCGGUAGUGUAUGCCAGUCACAUUUCGAGCCUGAGAAAGUGUUCCUCGCUGCUGGCUUGAUUCCUAGCAGGUGCUCAGGCAGCGUCGGCCCGUCGCGAUCGGAUGAAGCCAGAGCGGAAAAUGACUCUCUUGUCGAGCUGUCCUCAGACUCAAACAGACCGGCCACAGAACGCCUGGAGGCGUACGCAAGACAGCGCUUUGACGAACUACAAACAGGUGCAAGCAGCGGAACAUCAUGCAGGCUUGCAGAGCAACGAGCCUUGAGUGGUGCAGCCACGCCGAGUCAGAGAGGCAGGAGUUGGUCAAGUAUACAGAAACGAGAGACACCGGAAACGGGCAGUAGCUACCGCAACGGAUCCGAGCCCGAAGGCGUGCCAUUAACAUCUUGUGCUGAUGUGGCAUCACCCACUGUAAGCCACAUGGAUCUCGGGGCAGACAGGAUCCUUGGUUGCAGAGCAAGUUUUGGGCAGUUACCUCCGUUAUCAUCGCCGCACUACAACACGAGAAGCGCCAGACUAAUCGACGUAUCUGCUGGUGCAGGCCGUGGGGUUUUUUCUGAGAAGCGAAAUGGGUCCUACGGUGCAGGAGUAAAUGCGUGGGAUGCCUUUGCUCAAGACGGCAACUGCGUCUCCAAUGGGACAGGGGCCGCAAGUGACACGAUUACAGAAGACGGAGAAACACUUACAUGCGAGGGGACUGAGAGCAGUCCAUCUCAGACCUCCAGAAACUCCGUCUUCUCAUGCCCCACAAGUGUGACUGAGGGCUGCAACGGAUUAGCCGAAACAGGUUGCAUGUUUGCAGCAGGCGCCAAUGGGUCAAUGACGAUGCAAGCGGCCCUGGUGACUUCCUCGAAUGCGGGUGCGGCUGGAGGCAGCAAUCUUCUUUUGCCGGACAAGACGGUGUGGCACGAACUGGAGGAGCGACUCGCAGUCGCAGCGACGGCGGCCACUAUUCGCACUUCCUGUGGUUCCACCUUGGCUCCUAUCGUUCCUUCCGGAAGCGAGGCUGGUCAGGAUGCCGCUAUUUCGUCUGCAACAACUAUUUUGCAUGACAUGGACAGAAGAAAUGCGGCAGUGGUAGCUGAGGGAUCUAUCCGAGGUCAUGGGCCCUGCAUCAUCCAGAGAACAGAUGGAUCGCUCCUAAGGACGAAAGGCAUCGCGCCGCAGGAUCCGAAUAAGCGCGUUUUCCGUAGGCUAAUGUUCAGCAAAACAAAAAUAUGUCCGUGGUUCGAGCAAGGCAAGUGCCUGAGAGGCGACCUGUGCAACUAUGCGCAUAGCCGAGGCGAGCUGCGGGUCCUGCCGGUGGCGAAGAAGCUGUGCCUUUCAUAUCUAAAGGUGGGACGGUGCAGCAAUCCCCAUUGCAGCUUUGCACAUUCUGCGGAGGAAGUGGAAGACAGCAAAAAGAUGAAGCAAGGGACACCGUGGCAGUGGCGUCAUUUUGAUGAAGCUGCAGCCCUGUGGGGGCAGGGUCUGGCUCCAAGAGCAACCGCGCCCGACACGAGAAAUAGCAGCCGUUUAGUCAAGACAUCCCAGAUCACCUCUACUCGGCCUCUGCGAGCGACAGCUGGCCGCAGUGUACUAACGCCAGCUGGCUCGGGCAUGCGCCCAAACGAGUCGUCUAUCACAGGUUCAGAGGGGUUAAGCAGCUGUUCGACCUCCACCGCUUUGACGGGAUGCCCUUUACAACUGGUGAAUUCGCAAUGCUUUGAACCCGACGCCUGCGACGUUUUGCGCUCGGGGGAGACUACACAGUACGACAGAGUUCAAAGCAGUUCGCUCUCAGGCUUCAUGCCGGCACUUGACUCUGGGGACAUAUUUCCCUCAUAUUGGUCCAGUGGCCCGACAAAAGGAUCGAACAGGAGCAACAGCCGGAGUCUGGGAGCAACUCGACCUGGAGGGGGCCGGAUGCUAGAGCGCGCGUUGAAGAGGAAUGAGUCGCGUGCUCUUAGUGACGAUAUGCUAACGUCUCAGUUUCACAGUAUAAUUCUUGACGCGGGCUCGCCAGCCGCUCGUGUGAACGAUUCACUUUACGGCGCUGACAGCGAUGCGGCAGUAGUGGUGCCGGAAAGGUCGCCGGCCCUGGGAUGGGACAGGAGAUGCGGGGGCAAUGCAGGCGGGGUGAAGGAUGCGUCGGCCCGUGCAUAUAUCCCGGUGCUAACCUCUUCUGAGGCUGAAGAUGAAUCGACAGAGCACGUGGUGCAGCGUUCUAGCAUGGUGGAUCCAUCGACCAAAGAAGAUCCAGGGUCGCUGAAGUCAGAUAUUGUAUUGGCGCUACUCUGCCAGCAAUUGAAAAAUCUUAUUGGCAGGAUUUAUGGCGUAGAGGGCGUUCUCUCUGAUUUGGCUGACAAAGGCCCCCCGGCUCCGGCGGUGGAAGGCAAGGCAAACACAGUAUGUGUAGACGGAAAACGCCCCAUCGAUUCCCGUAGACACUGGGUGAACGACAGUUCCGGUGAAAACGUGAUAGAUGAGCCGCAGGCUGGAGGAGGUCAUAGAGGUGAAUCGAGUGCUUGA